CGGAAUUUCUAUUUUAAAAAGUUUUUUAUUCAUUGGAAAGAAAAAGAUGACUUUCGCUAAGGAAGGAAAAUGAGACAUUAAAAUUGGCUUGAGACAAUUGAAAUUUGUGAUAUUAGAAAAAUUUGUCAUUGUUUUAUAAAAUCAGUUUUACACAGAAUACAUUUGCUUUAGAGAUGGCUAUUAAGAAUUGACUUGAAAAGUAAUAUAAGGUUGCAAAACCUGGUCAGAUUAAUUUAAAUAAUAUAAUUUCUUUUUCCUACCUUUCUCUCAUGAGCCUGCAGUCAUCUUAGGGGUCAACUGGGGAAGGAUUCAUUUGCAGGCUCACUCAUGUAGUUGUCAGCUGAUCUUAGAACACCUGCAUCCAAGUUAACUCACAUGUCUGUUGACAGGCCUAAGAACUCUGGCUGUUGGCCAGAGACACCAGUUUAUUGCUAUGUGGGCUUUUCUUGUCUAUAGGCUCAAAAAAACAUGGCAGCUUGUUUGCCCCAAAGCAAAAUAAUCUGAACAGUGAGAGAAAGGCCCACCUCGGGCUCGCAGAGUGCUGGGAUUACAGGCAUGAGCCACCGUGCCCAGCCUCUUAAUGACAUCUGUUAUACUCGCUUACACAAUUAGGGUAAAAUAUUUGCAUUAUUGCUUGUUGAUCUGUUUUAUGACUACAAACAUAAAAGACCUUUGUGCUAUGUACUUAUUCUUCAGUGACUAGGAGCCUAGUAAACUAGAAUAGUUAACUAGAUGACCCUUUUCUGUUAUUUAUUCCAGUUGGAAAUGGAGAUCUGUGUAGUAACCCUGUUUGAAUGGGUCAUUUAAAAGUUAAUGAAUUUAUUACUGUUACACUUAACUCAAAUUUAUAGAAAAAUGCAUGUUAUUUAUCCAAGGAAAUUUGUAUCUUAUAUAUAAGUAAGAGUCUGGCAAAGAUUUUGACAGAUGUGUUGUCAACUUUAACUAAAUACAAAUAAGACCUUAUAACAUGAUUGAUAUACAGGAUUUUCAUUAGAAUUACAUGUUGAAUUUGAUUUUGUAGAAUAAUGAUUUUACAGGCCAUUUUAUCCUAUUUAUUCUUUUUUGUGUGUUUUGUUUUCUUUCAUUUAUUCAGUGGUCAGUUAGUUACUAGGUAUUCUUAAAGGAAAAGCUAUACACUUUGUUUCCAUAGAAUGAAGAAUCAUGAAAUCAUAAAUUACUUGAAGGAAGGAGAGAAGAAAAAGCUGGAUCACUUACCAGUAACUGGAGUUCUCCUAUUGGGUAAUCUCCACAGAUCCACAUUGUUUGAAGUUAUUGUGAGUGCCUCGAGGACCAAGGAACCGUUGAAAUUUCCAAUUUCAGGAAGGAAACCUCGACCUGUUUCCCAGUUGGUUGCACAGCAGGUUACACAGCAGUUUGUGCCUCCUACACAGUCAAAGAAAGAGAAAAAAGAUAAAGUAGAAAAAGAAAAAAGUGAAAAGGAAACAACUAGCAAAAAGAAUAGCCAUAAGAAAACCAGGCCAAGAUUGAAAAAUGUGGAUCGGAGUAGUGCUCAGCAUUUGGAAGUGACCGUUGGAGAUCUGACAGUCAUUAUUACAGACUUUAAGGAGAAAACAAAGUCACCGCCUGCAUCUAGUGCUGCUUCUGCAGAUCAACACAGUCAAAGCGGCUCUAGUUCUGAUAACACAGAGAGGGGAAUGUCCAGGUCAUCUUCACCUAGAGGAGAAGCCUCAUCAUUGAAUGGAGAAUCUCAUUAAAGUUUAUUUUCUCCAAUUUCUUAGUUACUUCUGUCCUACCACGCAAAUACAGAUUAUGCCAAGAGGUACCACAUUUUCAUGACAAACAUGUUCAUGAACAAUCCAUAAUUUGAGUUUUACAUAAAAUAGAAAUUUGUUAAAAUUUGUAGAUUUUAUUGCAACUAUGCCUACCCAAACAUUUCCAGACUUAAUAUUUUGGUAUCUGCAAUUAAGUGCCAUGAAAAUGUGGUUGAAUUAUUCAUUAUGCAGUGUUAUUGGUAAGUGUAUUUUCACUUUUAGUUUAGUGAAUUCUAACACAUAAUUCUUGAAUUCUCUACUAUUGGCAUGUAAUGAAUUUAAAUUUUUUAUAACAUAGUGCAAGCUGCCUAAAUAUGUAUUAUUUGAGAAUUGUGAAACAGACAGUUAUAUGUAUACAAGUCAAAGAUCAACUUAAUCAACUAUUGCUGCAACAGGUUUUUCUUAAUGGUUAUCCUCUUAAAUACACCUGCUGGUACUUGGUGUGGUUAAAUAGGAAAAUUGUUAUGAAAUAAAGAAUUUGUAUGAACCUUUGCCAAUCUUUUGACACGUUUUACUAAUUAUUGUUCCUGAAUUAUGUUUCUGGUUUUAUCCAUUUUUUGAGGUUUUUUUUUUUGUUUCUUUGCUUAUUUUUCAAAACAUUCAUUUAUUGUAAUGUUUACUAGCAGACUAGUAAACAAUAAAAUAUUGAUUAUUUAGCUUUAUAAUUCAGGUUUAGUGCUAUUGUCAUUGAACACUGGUUUUUUUUUAUAUCAUAUAAAACAUUAAAAUUCAAAUAAUUAUAAGCACUUGGCAAAAACAAGAGAAAAGAAACUUGCCGUAUUUUACAAGCUAUAAUUUUAGAAAAGCUUUAUCUUGAUAGUUUUAUCACUGUUUCCUUGUCCCAAACUUAUCCAGGGCCAUAGAAGUAUGAAUCUAAUUAAUACGGGAAUUGUUGCACAGAAAUGGGAAAUAGCUAAUUUUAAAUCAGUUAAAUUGGACUCUUAUUAAAUAUAACAAUUCUUAUAAAAAUCGUAGUACCCUAUUUUCAGACAUAACUGCCAGUUUACAUAUUACUCAGUGUCCAGAAAGGAAAAAAGUACAGCCCCACUUAUACUAUGUAAAAUUACCAAUAAAAUAUUUUUAUGACACAGAUUUUGCAUUUUUGUUUACAACUAUUAAAGUGUUUUAUGUUGUAUUUAAAAUUUCAGCCUAGAAACCACACAGUACUUCUUAAAUUCUCCUGGGGUCUCCUGCUUCCUCUUAACCAUUUGCUUAAUAUAUAUCCACCUAUAGAAGAUGUCUGAAUUGUAAAUGAACUUAAAAAUAGAAUGUGGAUACAAAAUAUCACAUAAGACAUCAUGGUAACAUUUGAAAAAAAAAAAAAUAAAACUGUAGACCCUAACAGUUGUGAUAUUUGGUGGUUUUGUGUGGUAAUGUAAUUUCCUGUUUAAUUACAGUAUUUUUUACAGGCACAGUGGUACUGUCUUUUUUGUAAGAUGCUAGUUGUGAAAUAGUUAAUUGCAUACAGUAAAAGUCUGUGAUUAAAACAUUUAUAUACCUCAUUCUUUAGUGUUGUUAAAUGAAAAAUUAAAAUUUGUGUUUA